AUCUGUAUAAUUGGAUCAUCAUCAUAUUUCAUACAGAUAACCAGGGGUCAAGUCGAGUGGGAACGCAUGGGAACGGAGUUCCUGCACUAUUUUUGCAGGUGGAAGUAAUUUCCCCCUGGAAAGAGAACAGAGACGCUUCAGUUAACACUGCUGCUGUUGGACUUGACCCCUGCAGAUAACGUGGAUAAAAAGCCUUUUAUUUCAGUUGAAUUUGAGAGCAUGGCCAAUUGCUAGAAUGGAUCAACACCUGUGUUUUCCAGUGGUUGUACCGGAGGAGUUAGAGAUUAAGACAGAAGAGUCUGACAUGGAGUAUAAUGCGACCACUAUAAAGCGUGAAACUGGUACAUUUACUGCUGAUGGUUUUCCACUGGUCCCACCUCAGAGUACAACGGUGAAGUCGGACGAAGAGGAGCCAGACACUGAGGUUUAUGUUACCACAAUAAAGACUGAAAACGUAACCUCCACAACUAACGGUUCACUCAAAAUGUUAGCGGUUAAGACAGAGAAAGAAGUUCUGGACAUUGAGAAUCCUGUGACAGUGAUAAAGAUUGAAAAUGUUACAUCCACAGCGGACGGUCUUCCUGUGGUCAUAGUGGAAAAUCUACAGGUAAAGGCGGAGCAAGAGGAUCAUGUGACCAGCAUUAAGCGGGAAACAGAUAUGUUUCCUACACAUGGUUUUCUAGUGGUCGAACCAGAAAACAUAAAGGUCAAGACCGAACAAGAGGAGCCGGAUAUUGAGGAUCAUGUGACCACCAUCAAUAUGGGGAAUUUUACCUACACCGUUAAUGAUAAUAGGUUGAAUAGCUUAUAUCCAUACUGGAAAACAGCAAAAAUCAGGCCAACACACAAUAAUAUGGAACUAGCAGACGUAGGAAAUCGCUCAGAGCGUAAGAAAGACUUAAAGCGCAAGAAAUCUACUUUGUCUCAGAAACGAGUUCCUAUGGGUGAGAAGGUCUAUACGUGUGAUGAGUGUGGGAAAAUUUUUAAACAAAAGAGGAGUUUUCUGUCUCACCAGAUGAUUCACACGGAGAAGUCUUUAACGUGUAAGGAAUGUGGUAAAAGCUUUACUCGAAAGGAAGGUCUGCGAGCCCACCAUCGGACUCACACUGGGGAGAAACCAUUCAAAUGUUUAGAAUGUGGAAAAUGCUUUAAAGUAAAGAAAACUCUAAAAGCUCACCAUUGGUGUCACAGAGAUGAGAAACCAUUCAAGUGUAUUGAGUGCGGGAAAAGCUUUUUAAAAAAGAAACUUCUUGAAACUCACCAACGAAUUCACACUGGAGAGAGACCAUUUACAUGUAUUGAAUGUGGAAAAAGUUAUAAACAGAAAAAAGAUGUCCAGAUACACUAUCGGAUUCAUACUGGAGAAAAACCAUACGCAUGUAAAGAGUGCGGUAAAAGCUUUAUACGAAAAGAGGGUCUCUUGGAGCACAGUCGUGUUCAUACAGGGGAGAAACCAUUCACUUGUAAAGAAUGUGGGAAAUGCUUUUCUCAAAGGAAAGGUCUCAAAAAUCACUACUGGAUUCAUACAGGUGAGAGGCCGUUUCCUUGUACAGAGUGUAACAAAAGCUUUCGAAAUAAAAAAAUUCUCCAAACUCACCAAUCAAUUCACACGGGGGAGAAACCGUUCACAUGUACAGAAUGUGGAAAAAGCUAUAGACAAAAGAAAGAUUUACAAAUUCAUCAUUUGUUUCACACAGGGGAGAAGCCAUUCACUUGUUCAGAUUGUGGAAAAAGCUUUAGACGAAAAGGUGAGCUCAAAGCUCACUCUAAGGUUCAUUCUGUUAAAAUCGUCAACGUAUAGAAUGAAGAUAAAAAUUUAUAAAUGAAAAAAAAAACUAAAUUACCACUGGAUUCAUCCAGGGGAGAAACAUUUUACUUGUGCAGAAGAUGGGGAAAAAAUUAUUAAAAGGGGAAUCUCCUUAACCGACCAAUGGAUUAAGAAAAGGACACAAAAAACAUGCACAUAAAAAAGGGGUUAAUGUUUUCAAAAAAAACUGUAAAGUAGAUUUGCUGUGAGUCAAACCCAUUCUUCUGUAUAUUAUGUGGCACAUAAACAUAAAGGAGAGAGAAAAAAUCAAAUCCCAACUGGAUUCACACUCUAAUACAGUGUGUAAGAGUUUAUUCUUCAGUGUCUUACCCAUGGAAAUAUGCUUUUUUUCUAUAAGGACUUAAUUGCAUGCUACUGGAAUUACUUAAGUGAAAAGCAAUUUGUUGUGCAUAUUACACGAUACAAGAAAUUGAUACAAAGGAUUUAACAACUUUAAAGUGACUAAAGCCAGCCACAGAA